UCGUUGGCUGACGGUUGAGAGACGUUCCACGUGACUGGGACGCCGCCCGCUCCACUGUGCGUUGGGAGUUGGCAGCCAACGGCCGCCUGUUAUCGCCCCUACGGGGGGGGGCACCGCUCUGCUCUGUGCCAACAUGGGCAGGGAGGGGGCUGCAAAUGGCAUCGAGGCGCCUCUGCCGGGAAGAUGCGGGUACUUCGUGGCAAAAAAAAAGAGAUAUUGCAAAAUGAUCGUGGCAGAAGGGAAGCUGCUGUGUGGGGAACAUGCGAAUACAGCACUAAACGACGACGGUGAAAACCGACGGAAAAGAAUUCCAUGUCCACUGGACCCAAAACAUACGGUUGAUGAAGAUAAGUUAGAAAAGCAUCUGAAAAAGUGUAAUUCAAGGGAAAAACCAAAACCUAUUUAUUAUAGUAAAGGUAUCAAUGGGGGCGAUGAGGAUGCAGUAGAGACAACCAAACAACAGGUUUCUAUUUGUGCUUUGUCCAAAGAAGAAUUGGAGAAAAUGAUCAGAAAGCUGCUAAAAGCAACCAGCAGUUUGGAUUCUCAGCUAACUGACCAAACAUCAACCCAUAGGGCAUUGGAGGAAGCUCUGAAUGAUCCAAAAAAUGGAGAAUAUGCCAUUAAGCAUUUGAAGCAGAAGGCUUCGCUUGCCGGUAAUUUGGAAAGACUAGGCUUGCUGGGUUCAAACAGAUGUUUUGUCGAGUUCGGUGCUGGUCGAGGAAAGUUGUCUCAUUGGAUUGAUCUUGCUUUGCAAGAUGCUGAGAAUGUUCACUUUCUCCUUGUGGAAAGGGCCACUACUCGUUUCAAGGUAGAUGGUAAACACAGACGUCAAGGCUCAACAUUUGAGCGGCUUCAGAUUGACAUAGAAGAUCUCAACCUUAGUAAUGUCCCUCUUCUUACAAGAGAAAAGCUGCCAGUGGUUGGAAUUGGCAAGCAUUUGUGUGGAGCUGCAACAGAUCUUGCUCUGAGAUGUAUACUAAAAAGUUAUAAAACAGAACAGGAGGAUGCUGACAAAGAACCACUGAAAAAAAGAUUGAAGAGUGAGGAAAUGGAGACCACAAGGGAAGACCCUUUGAACCUUCCUAACUGCAUUGUAUCAAAUAUUCCAAAUGGACUGUCAGUCCUUGGUAUUGCCAUUGCACUGUGCUGUCAUCACAGGUGUGAGUGGAAGCAUUAUGUGGGCAAAGAAUUCUUCUCCUCACAAGGUCUUGGUGCAGAGGAUUUUAAGAUCUUUCAACGUUUGUCAAGCUGGGCCACCUGUGGCAUGAAAAGGCAUUCCAUUGACAUUAGUGAAGAAGAAUUUGGCAAUGCAAAUCAGAAAGUGAAUCUGGAAGAGCACAACUUUGAGGAGGAAAGCAUUCCAUAUGGAGGAACACUGACUGUAGAGGAAAGAGAACAUGUGGGGCGUCUGUGCAAACGGCUGAUAGACCAGGGGCGCAUCUGGUAUUUGCAGCAGCAGGGAUUUGAUUCUGCUUUGCAGUAUUACAUUAGUCCCAGCAUCUCACUGGAAAAUGUCCUGCUCACAGCUAUUCCCCUUCCAACAAUUCAACAAACUGAGGACUCUUAAAUAAGAUUCAAUGGUCAUUGAAGAGUUGAGAACUGUGAACAACAACGUCUGUUUAGCAAUGUGUUCCAUUCAUUAACCCUUCCUUGAUUCUCCACAUUUUUGUUGCAUACCGUGACUAAAAUGCAGCUGUGGAGUUUUUCUCUAUUAGAUUUUUUGAUGGUUGACACCAGCAAAGCUCUUGCACGUCAUAAUUUCAGAACGGUUUCGAAGAAUCCAGCCAGGUUUGCUGAAAUAGUGAACACUUAGCUUUGCAUUAUGUUCUUUUAAUCCAGCAUUUGCUUUGUGACUGUAACAGCAUAACUUUAGUUAGAUAUUUCAUCCUCAGUUGUAACAGACAAUGCUGAGUUACAAGUUUGUGUUGCCUGAAAAACAAAAAAAAAUUGUUAGUAGUGUGGAGUUUUAUGUAUACGUUAAAUAUUCCUCUGUCUUGUAUAUCUAAAGUAGUCACAAAUAUGUUUUUACAAACAUUUACAGUUUUGCUCUAAAUUGCGCAAAGACUAUUUUCAAUGAGUUUUUCUACUGGCUGUAACUUGGUAUAAAAUUGCAGUAUAUUUUUGUGAUUUUCCACAAAACAAAACAAUUUAAUCAAUUACAAAAUUAAUUGCAAGUUAAAGCUAUCAACAGUGCUAUACAAUAUUGUUGAGGGAGAAAGAUUGUAAUUAUUCCAAUAGACUAUAAGGCAUUGCAUCCAUUAAUAUACAUCUAUUUUACUCCUGAGAGACUUAAAUGUGUAGUAUUUCCACUCAAGUCUGUCUUUCAGUCUGGUAGAGUUACUGUGCAUCUCUCACCUUCAUAAGUAUUGCCACAGUUGCCUGAAGGACAUUAAACUGUGUAUAUAAAUAACACUCCAAUGAGUGUUUGGAUACCAUUUCCAGGAUACUCUGUGUAAGUGUGGCUCAUGAAUGGUACAGGACCUACUUGCCCACAAAGUCUGAAGUUUGGAAGUAGCUACAGGUAGUUCAAAGUACUAAGCUAAAACUUGCCUUUCAGUAGUGCUCUCCCUUAGGCCCUCAACCACCAUACCCUGACCAAACUGUGAAGCCAGAUCCAACCCCACCCACGUCAUGAUCUCAAUCACCUUUGCCAAAGGGGUCCAAACUUCCACAUGCUAGGCUACUGUCUGCCAUAACCUAACUGAUAUCUGCUGCUUGCUCUUCAAAGGUGAAGGUGACAUGCUGCAAUUUAAAUUUGCAGCAUUGGGUCCUUGCACAAAACUUGGCUUACCAGGCAUUACUCAAUUAACAUGUUUUAAGAUGCUCAAAAAUUUCUAGUACAACGUCUUUACACGUUCUGGACUUGUGCUAACAGACCGUAAACACACUUGGAUAAUGUAUAGAAAAUCCACCAUUCUCUGGCACAGCAUGUAAAUUUAUCCAUUGCCUGUUACUACUGAUCAAGUCAUUCCUGCUGACAUAUUUACAAAAUCCCUGACUGGUUUCACAUAGUCUUCAUGUUAAACGUACAGAACAAUGUAAAGGACCAAGUCAGUAUGUUGAAAUAUGAAUGCUCUGAUGUCAAUGUCCUUCAAGCAGCUGUGGCAGACAAAUGAAAGGGAGAGAUGGACAGUAACUGUACAAGACUGAAAUAAGAACAAGUAGAAAUACUGCACAUUUAAUCUCAGGAAUAAAAUACAUUUAUAUUACUAAAUGCAAUGCUGUAUAGUGUAUUGGAAUAAUAACAAUCUUUCUCCCUGAACGAUAUUGGUAUGGCACUAAUAUUAGCUGCAACUUGGAUAUUAGGCCCAUGCACACUUUCAAGUGUCUAAUAUGGAUGAAAGACCCGGAAGCAAGUGCACAAAUUUUUUUAAUAAUGAAGUACAUACCUGUCUGCAUUAAGAAAUUAUUUUCUAAUAAAAUUCUAUUGCACGGUGUAUAAAUGUUCAAUGCUAUUAUAUUAGGGUCAGACCCCUGAUAUUGGUUUCUCUCCGAUUCAUUAAGCUGCACAUUCCUGCAUUUGAGUUUAAGUUAUAUACACGGUUUCAUGAAGUUUUAGCAUUGUUAGGCAGAGUAACUGUGUGUUUACUAUAAUACAAGCUGUAACACUGUCUAUUAAUGUUAACAAAUUGAUGUUUGAUUUACAACAAAUUUUCAGAUGUUUUAUUUAUCAUGUUGAGUCAGUCUCCUGUGAUACAGCUUUAUAACUGACUGAGUUUUUUAAAAAAUAUUCAGUUUUUUUAUUAAAUUGUGCAAAACAAAUGUAAAUUGAAAAUAAAAUUUCCUUUCACUC